GGGGCGGGGCUGAGCGGAGGGCGGGGCCGGGCCGGGGCCGGUAGUUCCGGGCUUAGCACACGCGGGGCGGUGACGGGAACCGGGACCGGGAGCCCGGGACCGGGAACCCGGGACCGGGGGCAGUGCAGAGAUGCAGCCGCCGCCGCGCAAGGUGAAGCUCACCCAGGAGCUGCGGGUCCAGCUCCUGGAGCAGCUCUCGGGCCUGCAGGGCAAGCAGCAGCGGGACGCCGAGCUGCUGGAGGACAUCAGGUCCUACAGCAAGCAGAGGGCCGCCAUCGACAGAGAAUACGGGCAGGCGCUGCAGAGGCUGGCGAGCCAGUUUGUGAAGAGAGACUGGCAGCGGGGCCACGGGGAGGCCAGCGACACAAGGAGCGCAGUCGCUGUCUGGAAGGGCGUCAUUGAGGGGACCGCGCACGCCGGGCAGGUCCGUGUCACUGCCUCAGAGACCUACCGCUCCCUCGCCGCUGAGGCCGCCCGCACCGCCCGUCUCUCCAAGGAGAGAAUGCUUAAGAAGGGCAUCGAGCGGCUGCAGAAGGCACAGAGCGAGCUGCUGGAGACAGUGAAGGAGCUGGGCAAGGCGAAGAAGCAGUUCACCCACCUCCAGCGGAGCAGCGAGGUGGCCAAGGACAAAGCAGCCGAUGUGGAGGCUCGGCUCCGAAAGAGCGACCGGAGGAUAUUUCACACCAAGGCCAGCCUGCAAAAACUCAGCGCCAAGUUCUCAGCACGGCUGGCCGAACACUCGAGGCAGCUGGUGGGGGUGCAGAACGAGUAUGGCUUCGCUCUGGCAGCCGCCACCGCUCACCUGGAGCAUUACCGGCGGGUGGAGCUGCCCGCUGCCAUGCAGGCGUUGGACGGUGACCUCUACGAGCGGCUGCGGGAGCACUUAACAGUGGCCAGCCGGACAGAGGUGGAGACCUGCCGGGCCACCCAGGACUGGUUCCAGGGCGUCGCGGAGGCAUCUGUGCAGGUAUGCCGGGAGCAGGACCUGCUGCUCUUCCUGCAGGAGCAUCCCGCUUUCACCCUGGCCCCCCAGCAGCCCUUCCAGCUCGCUGGGGUGGAAGAGGUGUCCCUGCUGCUGCCGGGGGAUGACGGGGCCAGCCUGGAGAAGGAGGCCCGACGCUGGGCCACGCGGGUGGCCCGGGACCGCAAAAACAAGGCGAACAGCGAGGAGGCGCUGCAGCGGCUGGAGACCAGGCGGCAGCAGGUCCCGGAGGCGGAGGCGGCCGCAGUGGAGCGGCGGAUGGAGGAAACAAGGGAAAACAUCAGGAAAGCAGAGGUCAGCCGGGUGAAGGCCGAGGCGCGGCUGGCCCUGCUGCGGAGAGCAGGGCUGGAUGUGGAUACGUGGCUGGCAGGGGCCAUAGUUGGGGCAGGCGAAGAAGCACCCACGGGGCUGGAUCCAGCUGAGUUUGAUGACUACGAUGACAGUGACGAGGCAGACGAGGACGACGAGCCUGGCCCUGCUGCCCGCACCUACCCCUACACCUGCCGGGUGAUUUUUGGGUACCAGGGCUGCCAGGUGGACGAGCUGUCCAUCACCCAGGGCGAGGAGCUGGAGAUCAUCGAGGAUGGUGAUGCAGAGGAGUGGGUGAAGGCUCGGAACAAGGCAGGCCAGGUUGGCUAUGUCCCUGAAAAGUACCUGCUGUCUCUGGGUGGUGAGACGGGGGCUGGGGCUGGCCCCCCAGGACCCUCUGCCCUGCACCGCCAGCUCUCCAGCAUCAUGGCCGCAGAGCUGGUGCUGGAGCCUGGAGCCUGGCUCGUGCGAGCCCUGUAUGACUACGAGGGGCAGAGCCCCGAGGAGCUGAGCUUCCCUGAGGGGGCUAUCAUCCGCGUGCUGCCCCGCGCCCCCGGCGAGGUGGACGAUGGCUUCUGGACGGGCGACUUCGAUGGCCGUGUCGGCGUCUUCCCCUCGCUGGUGGUGGAGGAGCUCACUGGGGGCCAGGGAACAGCCGGGCAGGAGCUGCCAUCGCCUUCCCCACCGCCCUUCUCCCCUCCCGGCCUGGUGCCCGGGGCCGGCCUGGCGCCCAGCCCCUCUCCUGAAACGCCGCUGGGAAGUUGCAGGCAGGAUGGCGCGGGCAGCGGGCAGAGCUCUCCAGACCUGGCAGCCACCCGCCUUCGGCCGCUCCGCGCACCCCCUCCACCCCCUGGCAGAGCCCCCGAGCCCGACCCCGAGCUGCACUUCAGCUGAUGCUGUGGGUGCCCUAUCCCUCCCUGCUCCCCAAAAUGCUUCAUCUGAGCGAACCGUCACCCCCCGCCCUGGGCCGCCCCCACACCGAGCUGGUCUCUGCGGGGGUCACAUCUCACCCAGCACCACCACACAGCCUGGGGCCUCCUGGCAGCCCUGGUAUGGGGGUGUUCAGUGCCAUGGCUAUGCCCCGUCUCCCCCAGAUCUUGCCUCUGCCCCCCACACCUGGCACUGCCCACACAGCCCUGGGCCCUGCCUGUCCCUGGGGCAUCUCCCCGCAGGCAGGAGGGCUGUGCCCCAAUAAAGCCAGUUGCCUCUGCUGAGGGGUUCAGCA